UGGUGUCAAAACAGAACAGAAAGAAUAGGAGAUUGUUUUUUAAAAAAUUCAGUAGCAACAAACAAAAGUGUCAAAUGGAUUGCUUCGGGAUCUGGUCCGUCUGUUGGCUGCUGGUUGUUUCGUUUGCAAUGGUCGGCGGUCAAGCCGAGUCUCGGGGCUGGACUCCUCCGUUCACCAAAUGGAUGACGUCAACAGUUCGUGCGACGAAAAGCCAUCACACAGUGCCAACCAGUACUAUUAGUCCAAUCAAUUCAGUUUGUGAUAGAAAUUGUUGUAAAUGUGAUAGCUCAAAAACUCGUGUUGAAUGUACAUCGUCUCUUCACUGCAACGAAUUUAUUUUAAAUACUACUAAUCGUUUGCCAAAGGAAGCCAGGACGGUGAUUUUUACCGGAUUUCUUCGAUUAAAGAUUAAUAAAGGCAGUUUAAAUUCCCCGCAAAAUUUGACAACGUUCUACAGUGAACGUGUAGAUAAGAUUGAAGCCGAAUCUUACGCGCUUUCGCAACCUGCUUGCAACGAUUCUCCGCGUAUGCGCAGUUCAUUCGCACGGCCGUCUCUUGUCAUCAACGGAAGUGGUUCCAUUAUCUUUGAGCGAAGGGCUUUUACAGGUGCAUGGGGCGAAAUUCUAAUCAUCAAUUCCAAGGUGAAAGUGAUGGAAUCGGAGAUGUUUUACAAUACAAGUUGCUUAAAAAAGUUCACGCUGGAGGGAAACUUUAUCGAGGAAAUCAAAUUUAAAACUUUGGCAGAUGGAGAAACCCAAUAUUUGUCCAUUAAAAGCAACCAAAUUCAAUCGAUCGAGCACGGAGCAUUCCAGUUAAGCGUCACCGAUUCAGCUCAUAUUUCCUCCAACAGAAUAAACGUCAUUCAAUCAGAAGCUUUUGUCUUGCGGACACCAAGGACCUUCUCGUUUCUUAACAAUACGGUGGGGACCAUCUUUUCGUACGCCUUCCAACUAGCGGCAACCGAGAGUAUCGACAUCAAGUUUAGCGCUUUCGACCACAUUGCGCGUCACGCCUUCCGCAAAAUAGAAACAGUUGGCAACGCCAAAAUGACGAUGGCGUUGUCAAUCAAAAAAUUCGACAAAGGCGCGCUCGAUCUCGACCAAUCGCUUUUUAAAAAAUCGUCUCUCCAAUUCUUCGAAAUUCAACUCGACCGGGAUUGUGAUUGUGAACUGCAGGUUCUUGUCGACACUGUUUUCAGUCCAACUUUAAGAAGAAACGGCUCUUCCAAAGACGACUUCAACAAUGUCUUGAGAGAUUUCAUCUUCUGUCGCGUCCGCAAUGAGUCGGAAAAAUUUUAUGAAUUCGCUAGCUCUCAUCACUGUCAAGCUCCUGAUGUCGUCAUGUUAGUUUCAAUCACUUGUGCGGUUGUGGCAAUUUUAUUGUUAAUGGCUGUUGCAGUGACUGCGAUCUUUCGACAGAAAGCUAAGCUUCGCCGUACCAGUGUGGAAACUUCUAACGGAUGGGUGAUGCACAUCUACACGGAAACCGAAUGUCAAGUCAAGGAAGAAUUUACGGUUCCUCUAGAAUCAGUGAGCGAAAAUGGACCGGAACACGAUUUGUUAUUGCUCACCGCUAACCAACAUGAGGUAUGUCAAGAUAGGCUCAGUAGCCACAGUUCUGGGCUACCGACAUACCAAGCAGCAUGCAGUUUAUCCAAGGAAUCUGCCAACAAUAUUCACAUUGGUUCAAACAAUUGUUUAUUUUAGUAUGUUCGAAGCCCCAUAGUUUAUAUGCUUAAAUAGUUAAUACAAAAAUUUCCAUGUUUGACAAAACUAUUCAAGAG